AUGACUGAACACAUCGACCGACCCCGUUUAACUCACGAUUUGCGUUAUCGUUUUGAUUACAUAUCAAAAUGUAUCGACUUCACUCCUGAUGACAUCACUAUGCUUAAUCGAUUAGCUCCGGUCAUAACUCCACUUCUUCCAAGUGUCGUCGAAAGAGUUUACAAAAAGUUAUAUGCUUGCGAUAUAACACAAAACUAUUUUCUUCAACGCAACGACGGUUUCCAACAGUUCUCUCCCAGCAAAGAUACUGGUAAUACGUUAAUAUCAGUUCAAGUUGAUUAUCGGAAAGAUAUGUUGAGCGUUUAUCUGCAACAUGCCUUGAGUGAACGCGAUUGGAAUGAUACAUUUCUUCAAUAUUUAUCUCGUGUUGGAGAAAUUCAUACGUCGAAAGGUGGUUCGGCAUCGAUCAACGUGGAUUACUUACAUAUAAAUACGUUGUUGUCAUUUCUUGAAACGACAUUCAUUGGAAUUAUUUGGAAUACAGAUAAAAUUGAAGAAAAGAAGAAAUUGGAUGCACUGCAUGCGAUUAACAAAUUUUUCUGGAUACAAAAUGACUUUUUUACAAUGCAGUAUGGUUUAUCAUUCAAAGAAAAGAAUAUUUCAACUGUACCUAUAAUCAAUUUUUCUAAAUGUUGGUUUCACUAA